AUGCCACUCGAAGUACACCGCAUCACAGACCCUUCCGACUUCGAAGCUUUCGUCGAUAUCCAACUCGCUGCAUUUCAAGACGGCGGCGGCAUCACUGCUUUUCUCUCGCCCAACCCAUCCCCUGCCGAUUACAGACAGAAGAUCAUUGACCGACAAAUCCAGUCGUUGAAAGAGGAGCCUGAUCUCGUGUUUCUGAAAGUCAUCGACACAGAACUCGAUGGCAAGAUGAUCGCAUGCGCCAAGUGGCGCAUCAACACAGAAGAGAAAACGGAAGAACAAGUCAAGAAGAUGUGCCCGGGGCCAGAUGAGAAGGACAAGGAGAAUCCGGCAUUGGUUGACUUCUGGGCUUUCUUGAGUAGGUCUUGCAUCUUCUAG